AGAUAAAUGGAGCUCUGGUGGAUUAUUUUGGCUGGCUGUGGAGGAGGCCUUCUUCUCGUCGCUUAUGUGGCAGUUGUCAUGUACAAAAUAUGUCGUCGCAAGAAAAGGUGAGGAAGUACACUCAAUUUUACAGCUGUUCGUGUCGUUCACAAAAUUGCUAACUUUUGAAGUUAGGUGUUGUUGACUUCAGUACUUUCGUAAAUUUAUUAUUAACUUUGAGUCUUAUGUGUACGAAUCUCGUUCAUGAGGCACUAGAAAUUCUUCUUUUCCUAUAUGUUUUAUCGCCAGUUUCGCUGAGCUAAGUAUAUGAGGAAAACUGAAUAACCAAUUCAAUUCGUGCAUUCAGCCGUCAAUGGUACAUUUUAGAUUAAAACAACAUUUAAUAACCAGCCCUGCAAGUCAAGCUUGUGAUCAUCAGACCAAAAUCGAGCUUUGAUGAGAGCUGAUGGUUUGUUUUCGUGUGCAUGAAACAGAGAAUUUCACGGGAAGUCACAAAUAGUGAAAAAAAUACAUUUUCUUUAGUGAUGGAGAAAGUUAUUCUUACUGCUGAACCUAGUUUAAUUCUAAAAGCCCCCCGGCCAAAAAGGAAUUCAUCAAGUCAAAAUUUAUAGAUAAACAGAUUGCCGCUGGCAAAUCUCCAUGGCUUUCUGUGGCUACAGACACGCACGUUAGCUUAUUUACGCGCGGAUCACCAAUAGUUAGCGUCAAAUUUUUCUCGAAGCUUACUUUGUUCGUAUUUAAUAGAUGACUGACUUUUUUAAAAAAAAGGCAUAUCCUCCACUGUCAGUAUUAAUGCUAAGAAAAGAUUCUUUCUUGGCUUUUUAUAAAACAGGUUCAUUUCGUGCUUGACUAUGGGAUUGUAUAUCAUACAGUAGUCUUACAUAAUCUUUUUUCGGCCGCAUCGUUACAGGGUUCAGAUGAACCAAGCGGGGGAUCCUGAACGAAACACUGAUGAUAAAGAUUGGGUAACUCACGUCAAUCCAAGCGUGGUUUCUGAGAGAACAGAAGACGGACUCUGUAUGGACACUAAAAGAGGUUCUACCAAAAUUCGUCGCAAAGCUUCCACUGUGCUUAUACCAAACGCUUCUGUUAGCGAGAUUCCAGGGACUUCAGACGCAGUUCUUCGAUCCGUGCAAAGCGUUACAUCUCCGAAGGCUAACUCUGCAAAUAAACAAAACGGAUCUCGGCCGACGAUUGUCGAGAAGCAAGCAUCCACUGAACAAAAGUCACCUUCUGAUGAAAAAAGUAAGGCCGCACCUCCCUCAAGUAACAGUCCUUGUCUGGUCCAAAGGUCUGAAUACACAUGGGAAACAUUGUUACGCCAACCAAGCGAUGUGAGAAAAAACCGAAGCCAGUCAUUUAACUGGGAAGUUUCGGAGCCAAGAAAACAAAACAUGAAUACUCGCUCCUUGAAACUAAAAAGAGGUGAAGAAGGAAGGCGAUUUGUAAGAAGUAAAUCCCUCAAAGGAUACACACAGCGCGAGCUAGCCAUUCUAUCCACAGAGGAGAUGCCUCCAUCAACCGAACUAGUUCUUUCUGUAAAACGCGGUGGCGAAAACAAGAAAAGGAAGAGCCCCCAAGAACCUGAGAAGGAUCAAAGCACAGACGCUGAUACACGGAAGAGAAUGUCUGUCAAAUCUAUGACUGCUGAGAAAAGCAUAAAAAUCAGCAGAUCAGGAUCUGCACCAUCCAUGACAGCUAAAGAGAAGGCAGUUAAAAAUGCAGAGGCAAUUAUCAAACCUCGAACGAAAUCGUAUACAUGGAUUCCAGAGCCAGACUACCAAUCAGUUUCCAUAGAAGAGAUCGUUUUAGAAAAUCGAGAAAAAAACAAAGUUAAUCGCGAAGAUCAGGUGUGCAUAGUGGAGAUUCGCAACGAACCAAAUGAUUCAGAUUCACACGUUAGCUUGUCUGCAGGAAACGAAGCCCAAAUGAUCGGUGCAGCGCAAGACGUGCCUAAUGAAGAGCAAUCGCAUGAAGAACAAAAGGACUUCAGCACUAUAAUUGAUAUCGUUGAUAUUGCGGUUUCCUCACCGUGCCCAGGUGUUGCCAGAAGAGUAACAACAGUUAUGGAUGAUGACACCCCAAACACAAGGGAAACGGAGGAGACCAAGAUUCUAAUGGGAAGUAGCAUAAAAAGAGAAUUAUCUGUUAAAAACCAAGUUAAAAACUUGGAGGCUACGAUUACCAGUGAACAGCCAGUUACUCACCAUGACCAAACUUCAAAAACAGAAAGUAAUAACGCAGAGGAAACGAAUGUAUCUUUUGGAACUGAUAUUAACAAUAACGUCAAAACAUUGUCCGGUUUUAAUCAAAAGCCAAGUCCGAACAAAGCGAUGACAGUAGAAGCAACAGUCCACAAUAUCCCUAAUGGCCAUCCUCCUUUCACAACCAAACCAUCUGAGGUCAGAUCGAUUGGAAAAUUGACUAUCGUCAAAAAUGUCGACGUGCCUUACUACCAGAAAACACAGGAUUCGCGAAAGAGUAUCGAUAAAGCCUCCUCUAUUGUUAUAAGGCAAUCAUCUAAUGCAAUGUUGAUUGGAUAUGGGGGACUUUCAACGGGGAAAACCGAUGAAAUUCAUCAAAUUGAGACCUCGCCGAUGCCUCCGCCUGUACCCUACUCAAUACAACCACGGGCUUCUAGCCAAACGCAGGACACCACCAAAAUAACUAUUUUAUCGAAAGAUAAUCAGAAAAAUAGCAACGCAGUCCCUCAGCUGACCUCGGCGGAGGUACUUCAAAGGGCGUUACAAAAAUCUGUGAAAGGCAAUGCAGUGAACUUACCGCUAACAACGACAACACCAACACCAACUAAAACGUCAACAACAGCAAAGGAGGUAGACGCCGAGCUUACUUUAGAAGAAAAGAAGAAAGUGUGGAAACGAGAACAAAUAGUGGAUCAGCUGCAUGCCGCUCGGACUAGAAAUGAAAACCAGAGCUACGUAUUUGGCACAGGACUGGCUUACCAGUCUUGCAUGCCUGAACUGCAGAACAGGCUUAAACAAUUAACACUUACAAAAUGAAUUCAAGGAUGGAAUAAUACCAGAAUGUUAACCACUCAAGAAAGACCUUACAAACUGUUCCAUACAAACGCUCUUCUGGUCAAUAAAAUAAAGCUUCCUCGUCAAUGGUUAACUAUAAGCUAGCCCGGCGAGGUUUUUAAUUGUUGUUAGAAUCGCAGCCGGAAUUUCUAGAAACUUUUAGUGGCCGAAGAUUCUCAAUAAAAUAUUCUAUGUCAAAUAUAAGUAAUUGACGUACUAUCGACGGGUAUAAGCCAACACAUUAUACGGAUAUGGAAAGAGGUUCGACUAGCCUCUAAAUUCUAUUAUUAAAUAAAGAAAUAAUACAUUAUCGUAUACUCUUUAUCGUAUCGUUCCUUCUCGGAAAAAUGUAAAUUUUAACGCC